AUGGAGCACCAACUUAUUACGGCAUUACAAGCCUUAAUGAACACCCUAGACUAUCACCAUCAGGAACUAGUGGCCGAAUUGAAAGCUGUGACGAACCCAUUUCAACAUAAUACUCUGACAAGAGAAGCCGUAGAGGAGUCUGUUUGGCCGGAAACGAACUUGCCAAAAUGCAGCAUCGCUAUACCCCAGGACAUAGUGGAUCAGCCUACAGCAAGCAAAGCGGAAUCUGACUUGCAGAUGUCGGAACAGCGGGGAGCAACUACACAAGACAGCAGCUUGGCCAGAGCUCAGCUGUUGAACGAGCAAACUGAUCGGAGCGCAUCCGCAGGAGAGGGUGACCCGAUCCCUACAUAUAAGACCUCAACGUUGUGUCAUGGGCCUCUCUCUCUAACUUCAGCAACGGGAGAUGUUAUCAGCUCUGAGCCAAAGGUAGAUAUAACUGCCACACGUGGGGCGGUCACCACUCAGGAUAACGAGUCGCAAGCUUACUGUACUACCGACCCCUCGAUACCUUUGAGAUCAAAACAGCAGCCGGAUAAGCUUACCGUCAUCCGUAGACAAGGCCUCAGCUUCUAUUUCCACAGCCACCCAAAUCUCCCCACAGGAAACAAGAACGAGAAAGACAUCAUCAGACCCUCUGCGGCCACGCAAUUGCGGUCUGGAGAUUGUGGAUUGGAUUUUUUUGUUUCUUUGUACGAUUUGCAGAAGAUAAUGGGCUUGUUUUUACUAAACUUUUUAUAUAUUUUAAUAAUAAACACUGUCAGAGACACGCAUUGUGAGACCCAUCAUGAAACAAUGACUCGCUACAUUGAAAGACGGAUAUUAUCCAUAGAGGACAGACUAUAUAAAUGAGAGCAAGAUAUACAGCAAUAUAUGCAGGAGUUUAAAGAGCUGACGCAUAAGCUGAUGAUGCGGUUGGAUGGUUUCAACAAAUACAAAAGUGACAUGAAAACCGAAAUUGAGAACUUGCUGGUGAGAAUGGAGAGAGCCGAGUGGGACAUUGAUUAUCUGGAAACCACCAGCUCAUUUGACACUCGCAUGGAGGUUGAAGAGGAGUUGGUGGAGGAUCAAAUCAUAGAACAUACAGAAGAAAAGAGACGGAUACAGCUGAAAGUAAAUACAAGCUGUACAACCAUGCCUGCAAACAUCAAAUCUCAAAAAACUGUAAAGAGAGCUGGAGGUACUCUUGGCUCAUGGAUAAAAAAUUCUGGGAAUGACUCACAGAGGAUUUAUUUCUUCAAUGGAGCCAACAACAAUUUUAUGCUGGAAUUUGCAAAUAUCAAAGAUUUCACAAGCAGAGACUAUCUCCAAAAGGCAACAAAUAUCUCCCUGCCCUAUUUCUGGCAGGGGACUGGGCAUGUUAUCUACAAUCAUUUUGUAUUUUUCCAUCGUAAUAAUACAUUAAACGAAAUAAUUAAAUAUAAUCUUCAGAAGGAUAGAGCUAUCCAUUCCAUGAAACUGCUGGGUGCUGGCAUCCUUUCUCCCUAUGAACUCUCGUCUUUCACAAAAAUAGAUCUUGCUGUGGAUGAACAAGGGCUCUGGGCAAUUUAUGUGGAUUCCAGGCUGGGAAAAAAUAUUAUUUUAACAAAAAUAGAACAUGAGAGUAUGGUAGCAACACACACAUGGAAUACAUCAUGUGAGAUUAAUAAUGCUGAAUCCUCUUUUGUCAUAUGUGGGACACUGUAUGUGGUGUACAAUAGCCCAAGUGGAGGAAGGUCCCACAUUGAUUGUAUUUACGACACCUCAGAAAUAAUCACCGACACUGAGAUGCCAACUUUAUAUUUCCCAAAAAGAUACAGCAGCCAUUCCUCUGUGCAUUAUAACCCUAGAGAUCAAGAGCUCUAUGCUUGGGAUGAAGGAUAUCAAAUUCUGUAUAGAUUUGAAACCAGAGCAAAAUUUCAAAACCCCUUAGAAUAAACUGAAAAUAAUUCAGAAACAAACAUAUGAAAGUUAUGAUAUGUCAAGAAUUGGCUAGGAAGUGUGACAUAAGCACUGCCUAGCCAAUCAGAAGCUUGCACGUGUGGUGACAGAGAAUGGUAAACAGGAGUGGGAGAUAUUUAGUUAUAGGGCAUAGACCUUUGUUACAAAAUAGUUAUAAUAUAGGAACAAUAAGCAAA